AUGGGAGUCGCCUCGUCCGCCGCCUAUCCUAUCCCGGAGGCUAUCGCGCCCGCCGAUCCACCAGCCAAAGAAGAUAUCCAGCCUGCCGCCGUCGCAGAUGCGCCCGCCGAUUCACCGGCAAAAGAUUCACCGGUGAAAGAAGACAUCGAGCCUGCCGCUGUUGGCGGCGACACGGAGGCGGCGGGGAAGACGGCUGUCUUUGAUGCCGCCGAGGAGGAGGAAGAGGAGUGCCCCUUCUGCCUGUACAUGAAGGGCGGCGGGUGCAAGGAGGAGUUCGUGGAGUGGGAGAAGUGCGUGGAGGAGACGGAGGCGGACGAUGGCGGCAACGUCGUCAAGCAAUGCGGCAAGGUCAUGGCCGCGCUGGGCAGGUGCAUGGAAAACUACCCGGACUACUACACGCCUGUCUCCUGCAAUGUUGAUCGCCAGUUUUGGGGGGAAGAUUUACCCCUAUAA